CAGCUCCAAAAGAAUUUUCUUUUUGCUAUAGGUUCCAUCCAAGCUAACAACCAUGUCAGCUGUGGACAUGUUCUUUGCGGCGCCGCCAGUGACUAGGACACUGACGGCGCUCACGUUUUUCAUUUCCGUCGCCCACUAUGCUGGUCUCGUACCAGGCAUAUUCAAUUGGAUAUAUUUCCAUCAUUCACACAUAUUCAAAUUCCCACCUCAGUUGUGGCGGUUUGCGACAUGCUUCAUGCUCACUGGCGAGAGGUUUAGCAUCCUGAUGGACCCAUACUACAUGUACAUAUAUGGGAAGAAGUGCGAGACCGGCUCGUCCAAGUUCACGAAGCCAGGAGAUUUUUUCUUCUAUCUCGUUUUCGUGUGUCUAGCGCUCCUGGGCGUCAAUUAUGCCAUCUUUGGGAGCGCAUAUAUUUUGACAUCUGCGCUUUUCACUGCCUUCGCCUACACAGCGACGCAGGAUGAGGGAGGGCAGACGAGAAUAUUUAUUCUGGACGUCCCUACGCGUGCUCUCCCACUGGCGUUAUGCUUCAUGACCUUCGUGUCUGCGGGGAGCAUGCACCCUGCAUUGGUUCAGGCGACGGGAAUUCUCGUGGCCCACCUCUAUGACUUCCUCACGAGACUAUACCCUACGUUUGGAGGAGGCGUAAACAUUUUGACCACGCCGACCUUUGUUCGCCGUUGGUUCGAACCGAAGACCAUCUCUGUAAGCCACAAGGCUCAUGGCACGUCGUUUCAACCCGCCGCGCCGCGGGCGGCUGCUUCAGGAUCCACGGCUCCUGGUGGGGUGCUGCCGGAAUCGUGGAAGAGCCGUGGAUCGGGCCACAGACUUGGCGGUGAUUGAGUGGGAUGGAACCACUUUGACUGUAAUUUAAGAUUAGCGGGAGUAAGAUAGCAGAAG